CAUAAAUAUGCCCCUAAAAUAAACACAACAAAUCUAGGGUCCGUUUUUCUACAUCAGCUGGUAGGCCCAUGGAAAAAAUUACCAAAAUAAAAUUUGUACUGUGGCCGAGUUCAGUGUAGAUAGAUAGAUAGAAUCAUAUCUAUAAGCGGGCCGUGAUCCAAUACCUCACGUUUCUAAUUCUUGAUUCAUUUUCCCAGCAUAUCUUUCCUCUCUCAUUACCACCGUUAAGUUUUGCACUUCAUGAGGAAAAUAACCCAUGAAAAUAUUGUUUAGGCAUUAAAAGAUCUCCAAGAUCUAGUAAAAGAUCGAAGAUUAAAGCAGCAUGGAUUUGAGCUUAUUUGGAUUAAAGUAAGUGAUCUUUUGGAACCUAAAAUCGAGGAGAAUACUCGUCACGUUGUUCUCGAGUUUCUUCAGGAUCUUGUUCAAGGACAAUAUCUGACACUAGAUGUUAUGAGAGCUGAAAUAUUCAGAUUUUUAAAGAAGCAUACAAUUGAUGAGGAUCUAAAUCACAGAAUAAAACUUCUCUCAAACUUAACAGAAAAUGGAAAAGAUAUUUUACAUUUCGAGGAAGAGAUGGGAGUGUUGAUGUUGGAAUUAUUAAAGAAAAGUACGGAUAAGCAGGGUGAGUGUAAGGAUAUUCUGUCUCUAACCCUGAACCUUGUGAAGUUCAACUCUGCAUAUCUGGACCCUGAUAUAGUUUCUAAAUUAAUCCUGGUACUAUCCUGGCAUGCCUGCACUACAACCAGGGAUGCAGAGAUAGUGUCAACUCUGGAGAUAUUCAAGUGUAUAGUGAUGUAUAGUUUUAUACCUAGUGACUCUCUUCUACAGUUUGUAUCAUGUCUCUGCAGAGUUGUAAACCUCAAGGAGGUUUGUCAAGACGCAUGGAACACAAUGCGAAGUUUGAUGGGAACCCAUCUGGGCCACUCCGCUCUGUUUAAUCUGUGUGUUCUGAUCCAGUCCUCACCCGAUAGGGUGGAUGUUGCUCUUGUCAGGGGGGCAGUCUUCUUUAUAGGUUCAUCUUUGUGGGGUAAACAGCAUGUUUCUACCUUAAAAUAUUCCGCCAUGACAAUCCUGCCUGUGUUCCUGGAGGCCUUGAAGCAAGGACAUCCCCUGGUUAUUUACGAAAUUGCACUACAGAUGGAGUCCCUGGUAGUCCUACAGGGUAUCUUACUCAAUGCUCCAGGCUGGGAGGAGGCUGUAACUGUUCUGGAUAAUAUUGUGGCAAAUCUUGGACUCUGUGAUGCUAGUCUUAAACCAAUUGUUGAAAAUCAUCUUCAGACAACAAUAGUGAAACUUGAAGCCUUGGCAAGAAACAAGCAAUAUCCAGGGAGCAAGAGUCGAUUGUUUGAUUUAAUAGAAGAAGUUUCUAAUUUGUGCCCGGAACAGAGUGUUCUGCAUCUGUUGAAGUACAGGUCUGAGUAUCUGUACCCAGCUAGACCUAACUGGAUUGAGAAGCUAGGACAACUAGUGGAAAGAUUUUAUGAGAGAGAUGUGAGACAGAUGGUUCGGUUAAAGAUGCUAAAUAUCUUGAAGGACACCGUUAUCACUAAUAUUCUCAUGUAUGAGGAUAAACUCUUGGAAACUGCAGUUCUUCCUUUCCUUACUGGAGUUGAAUCAGAGAUUGACAGGAAAGUGAAAAUGAAGAGUGUACAAACAAUUGCUGAAAUAGCUGUAAAAGCAUCAGGACCUCAUCUUAAGGACCUGUUGGAUAUCCUGGAUAAGCUGGUCAAGAAAUUAGGAGACUCUGAAACCAGGCAGGACACCGCCAUUCUCUACAAUAGGCAGGACUUCCUGCACUGCCAGGAGGCUGUCCUUGGUAUCAUCAAUAUAUUUAGGAAGAAGUUCUAUCAACAUCCAAUCUCUAGCGUCAAGAGAUGUUGCGAUAUUCUAGUAACAGUUCUAGAACAUAUAUACGGAUCUCCAGCUAUUCUAGAGCAUACAGGAGAAAUUCGGCUGGAAAUAUUUCGAUGUUUUCUGAGUUUACGAGCGAGGCAUGAUUAUCAUAUGGGGUUUGUAAGGGAUUCAGAUGAAGCUGGUUCAGUUAGCUUUAGUCCUUAUGUUAUCUGUGCACAGCGUAAGAUACCGGGACAACAUACAGUUGCAGUACAAUCACAUUCAGAUAAAGGUGUUGUGACAUUAUCAUUAACAAGAGCUUGCAGAGCUGUCAUAAGGUGCUUAAAGGAUGAAAGAGAUUGGAAGGUUCUAAACCUGGUUCUCACAGAGAUACCAAGUGUUCUGCAGAACAAAGGAAUGCUUGUAAG